AUGAGUCGAACUCUUUCACGGCGAGUUUUGACUCAAUCGCCUCUCUCCUCCAUCGCCGAAUUUGCGAAUAUCCACACAUUACCCCUCCGAUGUUCGCGACCCUUUUCAAGCACAUCAAAUCAGAGAGCCGAAGGCGACGAUCCCCUUUCCAACUAUGUUCCUCAUAAUUCCUCAACAUUGAGGUACGGUGGUGCCUCGGGCGCUAUAGCUAGAGCCAGUGCCGCCAGAUCCGCGUCGCUCAAUCCAAAAGCUACUAGAUCCUCGGCCGCAGGUGGGGGAGGCAUAGCAAAUAUAUUCCAAGGUAUGAUGGAAGUAAGCAAGGAGAAGAAGGGAGCCUUUCAAAAUACAUCAGUGCCUAAGGAUGGCACAUUGAUUGGGGACCGAAUUGUAGAGGACGAACCGCAUCAUUUUCACGUUUACGCCACGAGACAUAAUACUCAUAUUACACUUACAAGACCAAAUCGAGAACCGAUCAUCUCCGUAUCUUGCGGAAACAUUGGGUUCAGACAUUCGGGAAGGAAACAUUAUGAUUCGGCUUUCCAAUUGGCUGCAUUUGUGAUGUCGAGGAUUCACGAGAGAGCUAUUGGUCGAGACAUCCAGAAAUUGGAACUGGUUCUAAGAGGAUUUGGUGCGGGAAGAGAGGCUGUUACUAAGGCUCUUUUGGGUACGGAAGGUAGAUGGUUGAGAGGGAAGGUUGUCAAAGUCACCGAUGCUACCAGGUUGAAGUUUGGUGGUACGAGAAGUAAGAAGCCAAGGAGAUUGGGUUAA